AUGGAGGUCUUCAACUCCACCUUGGGAAGUGGCUUCAUCUUGGUAGGAAUUCUGAAUGACAGUGGUUUUCCAGAACUGCUCUGUGCCAUUAUCACAGCGCUGUACUUCUUAGCCUUGACCAGCAAUGGACUGCUGCUGCUGGUCAUCACCAUGGAUGUCCGACUCCACAUGCCCAUGUAUCUUCUGCUCUGGCAGCUCUCUCUCAUGGACCUCCUCCAACCAUCAGUUAUUAUUCCUAAGGCUGUGCUAGAUUUUCUUCUCAAAGAUAACACUAUCUCAUUUGGGGGAUGUGCCUUUCAGAUGUUUCUGGCACUGACACUUGGUAGUGCAGAGGACCUCCUUCUGUCCUUUAUGGCCUAUGACAGGUAUGUGGCCAUUUGUCAUCCUCUGAACUAUACAAUCCUAAUGAGUCAGAAAGUCUGCUGUCUCAUGAUAGCCACCUCAUGGAUUCUUGCAUCUCUCAGUGCUCUAGGAUAUAGCAUGUAUACCAUGCACUAUCCUUUCUGCAAGUCCAGGCAGAUCAGACAUCUCUUCUGUGAGAUUCCACCCUUGCUGAAGCUAGCCUGUGGAGACACCUCCACAUAUGAACUCAUGGUUUAUUUGAUGGGUGUGACUUUGCUCUUUCCUGCUCUUGCAGCCAUCCUGACCUCCUACUCACUAAUUCUGCUUACUGUGCUCCAUAUGCCCUCAAAUGAGGGCAGAAAAAAAGCCCUUGUCACCUGCUCUUCCCACCUGACUGUGGUUGGCAUGUGGUAUGGGGGUGCUAUUUUCAUGUAUAUCCUGCCUAGUUCCUUCCACAGCCCCAAACAAGACAAUAUCAGCUCAGUUUUCUACAUGAUUGUCACUCCAGCUCUGAAUCCCCUCAUCUACAGCCUGAGGAAUAAUGAGGUUAUUGAGGCUUUGAGAAGAGUCCUCGGAAAAAAGUUUUCAGUACAUUCUACAUUCUAGA